AUGAAUAAGGAAGAAAAUUUAACGGACACGCGCCCAGGUUCACAAGAGCUGCACAGUCCUGCGCACCAUUGUUAUACACCGCCGCCGCCGCAUGGUGCGGCCGCCACAUCUGUGGCGCCACCGCCAGCUGGCAUAGGGGCGCAGACCACAACACCGAGUCGCCUGCUCAGUUGGAAUCACAGUGCAGCCGCAGCAGCCGCCGCGGCGGCAGCAGCCGUUGCCUCCAAUCAUCAGGCGAAUGCAGCGGCUGCUGCUGCAGUAGCUGCGGCCGCGUCAGCAACAGCUGCCGGUCAAUCGGCAUCAAUCGUGGAUCAAUCAGGCCUGCCACGGCUCAAGGGCCAAAACCUGGGACUCAUCUGUGUGGUGUGCGGCGACACGAGCUCCGGCAAGCACUACGGCAUCCUCGCCUGCAACGGUUGCUCGGGCUUCUUCAAGCGCAGCGUGCGCCGCAAACUCAUCUAUCGCUGCCAGGCGGGCACCGGACGCUGUGUUGUGGACAAGGCCCAUCGCAAUCAGUGCCAGGCAUGCAGGCUCAAGAAGUGCCUUCAAAUGGGAAUGAACAAGGAUGCGGUGCAAAAUGAGCGACAGCCACGCAACACGGCCACUAUACGGCCGGAGACGCUGCGGGAGAUGGAGCACGGCCGUGCGCUGCGAGAGGCAGCCGUAGCCGUUGGCGUAUUUGGCCCUCCCGUGCUACUCUCGCCGCCCUGCUAUGGCUCGGGCCUGCUGCCGCCGCCUUCGCUGGGCAGCCUGCCAACGGGACGUCUGCUGCACCACAAUCAUCUCAGCUCCUCCAUGCAGAUGGCCACGAAUCACAUGACGCAUGCGAGCAGCUUUCCCAUGUUCAAUGCCGCCGCCGCGGCCGGACUGCAUCACUCGCCCAAGAACAAGCUGGGCGGCUAUGGUGGUGUCUCCAUGGAGCUCUCGAGCAGUGGCAAUAUCUCGCACUCAACCAACUCGAGCAGCAAUCACAGCAUCGAUCCCAGCUCGCCACCGCCAGAUGAGAAGAAUAUUGCAAAUGAGAAGAUUAAUGCCGGCGGCAGUGUCUCCUCCAUUAGCUCUUCCAGCCCAACGCCAGAGAAUGAUAAUGAUGACGACUCGAUUGACGUGACCAACGAUGAGGAGCCCAAUACGGGCAGCAGAUCCGAUUCCAGUUUCAUCAUGCCUCAGUUCAUGUCGCCCAAUCUCUAUGCGCAUCAGCAUGAAACGGUCUACGAGACGAGUGCGCGGCUGCUCUUCAUGGCCGUCAAGUGGGCCAAGAACUUGCCCAGCUUUGCGCGGCUUUCGUUUCGGGAUCAGGUCAUCCUGCUGGAGGAGUCCUGGUCAGAGCUGUUUCUAUUGAACGCCAUACAAUGGUGCAUUCCUCUGGAUCCCACGGGCUGUGCCUUGUUCUCGGUCGCGGAGCACUGCAAUAACUUGGAGAACAAUGCGAACACAGAUAAUUGUGUUAGCAAAGAGGAGUUAGCUGCCGAUGUGCGUACACUGCACGAAAUCUUCUGCAAGUACAAAGCGGUUCUAGUGGAUCCAGCCGAAUUUGCUUGCCUCAAGGCAAUUGUGCUCUUUCGACCCGAAACCAGAGGCCUAAAGGAUCCAGCGCAAAUCGAAAAUCUACAGGAUCAAGCGCAUGUCAUGCUCUCGCAGCAUACAAAAACUCAAUUCGCUGCUCAAAUCGCACGCUUCGGCCGCCUCCUGCUCAUGCUUCCUCUUCUUCGCAUGAUCAAUUCACACAAGAUCGAAUCGAUCUUCUUUCAGCGAACCAUCGGUAAUACGCCCAUGGAGAAGGUCCUCUGCGACAUGUAUAAGAAUUAG